AUGCAGGGAGGUUAUUCGUACUCACAGGGUGGUUACCCACCGUACAGCACAGCUCCUAGAACACAUCCCUACUUCUCUCCCACUGCUGAUUCCUACUACGCCACACGCCCCGGAUCAUUCUCAGCCAGAGGGUCGUCGGCCGUGCCAGGGUAUACCACCCCUCACUAUGGCUCAAAUCAAGGCAGGCGCCCUUCAGGAGUGUGGAUGGGUAGCAUGCCUUAUGGAUCGCCGCUUAUCCGGUCGAACACACAUGCCGGAUUGGGAAUUGACUAUUGGGAAUUGACUCCUGAAUACGAUUCUCCAGAAGAAGAAUCAGACGCUGAUUCCGAUUAUGACGGACCGCCUCGUGCACCCAUGCCGCCCACACUCAGGCGUCCUAAAAAGAAGAGUUCGGGGAGCGAGUACAUCGUUGAAGAGAUGGAUAAUGAAGGGGAGACUGUCAGGAUGGACUACCCUGCACCGAGGCGGAGUGGGAGGAGGCGAACUACAGCGGAUGGAUGGCGCAGACAGAGCAAUGGUGCAGCAGCGACAUCUUCCCGAUCUGAACCAGCAGCCACGUCCGCCCCUGCCCCCUCCCUUCCCAGAUGGACAGUGCGCAAUCUCACCAAGAAUCACGAGCACAGCUCGAGUGAUCGGACGGUCAUCAUCAUACAGGAUCGAACUUGCUACAGGCUUUGGGAGAGUCAACUUCCUGGGGCGAGACAGAAGGGCGAAGGGGAGAGGAUGCACCCCGAUAAGAUAGCCAUUGCGCGAGCAGAAAGCUGGUUGAGUGAACGUCCCGGGACUUCGCUCUCGGGUGGCCGUUAUAUCCCAGCAAAAUUCUACGCUGCAGACACUGGCCGAGACACCGAUACCGUAUUUGCCGUCCCCUCCCCGUACAUCACCUCUCGUGGCGAGGAAGAGAAGAAAGCAUGGGUUCAAAGUUGCUGCUCAAGUCUCUGGCCUUGUUUGAGACCCGAAUUUGAUCAGCAAGAUGGGGGACGUAGUAUGAUCAAGAAGAUGAAGAAGGGCUCACAAACCUUCUUUGCCAGCCAAUUCAAACAUUACGCUAAACAAGAUCUUGGACCAGAAGAAGAAAGCGAUGACGAGGAUGAGGUGGUCAUGCAAGGGAGAUACUGA